AUGCCAAACAUCAGAGACCUGCCCAACGAGCUUUUGCUGUGGAUCGUGUCGCAUUUGGAUGGCAGUGCAUUAUUCGCCCUCGCCAAAUCAUGCAAAGACCUUGAUUUUAGACUGCAGCCCAGCACCUGGAAAUACAACAUCAGAUUUCAGAACAGCAAUCUGUUGCACUUGGCCGUCAAAUACGACAACGUUGGCCUUGUGGAUGCUUUGCUCCAGCACAACGCCAACAUCAAUGCAUUUUACCGAGGCAAAACUCCUUUGAUGCGGGCGUUGAAAUACUCUUCCGCUGCUGUGCGCGAACUGCUGCUCAAUCGUCGAGACCUAGAUAUCAACAUCCAAAAUCAAGCGCGCGACAGCGCCCUGUCAUAUGCUAUCCACUACGGGAGUUCCUCCAUCGUCAAGAGCGUGCUAGAGCACCGCGCCGGCAGUGUGGACAUUAAACACAGAUACGGGCGAACGGCGCUUCACCUAGCAGUCUUCACAGGAAGAAUAGGAUUCGUGCAACUGCUACUUUUAAGUGGCAGCGACCCUAACUUGGAAGAUGAUUCAGGCCAGUCGGCAUGGUCUUGGGCAUGUCGAAUCAAUAUACCCGCCAUGAAAAUAAUGUUUAUCAAUGGCCCCGACUGUGAAGUUUAUUUAGGUGCCCGAAAUGCUCAGGAUUCCGAGCUACCUCUUCAUGAGGCAGUGUUGCAUGGGUCGAUAGAUGCUGUCAAGUGGCGUCUUAGACAAAAGGAUCUGAACUUGGACAUUCAGGACCGGAAAGGCUAUACGCCGCUCCAUCUCGCCGUUCAAAGCAGAAGCCUGGAAGUGGUCGAUUUGAUCCUGAGCCACCCCCUUGCCAACGUGAACUGCAAAGACAAAGAUGGCAAUACGCCACUUUGGCUGUCUACUUACUCGUCAUGCGACGAGAUAACCGAAAGGCUCUUGGCGGAGAAAGACAUCGACGUUAAUUUCGUUGGAGGCCGUGGGAGACUUGAGGCCCCGUCUACAUCUUUACACCAUGCCGCAACGAGAUUGGAUACUAUACUUUUACGACGGCUGCUUGCAGUGCCAGGGAUUGCUCUGAAUCUCUGCGUUGCAGACCACUCUCCAAUCUCCGUUGCUGCAUAUCACGGACACGUGAAGACAGUUGCUUGUUUACUGAGUAUGGAGGGCGUGGAGAUCAAUGGAAGGGGUUUAAUAGAUCCGUCCAUUUGUCGAGCGGUUUCACAUGGUCAUCUCGAUGUGGUAAGGCUCUUAGUACAGCAAGGCGCACGUCUGAAUGUUAAUGAAAGCACUGUCGCAACCCAUGACACUGCUCUCUGCAUUGCUGCCCGUGGCGGUGACCUAGAGAUGGUCCGGGAAAUACUACGCCAUGGCCGAAUUGAUGUCAACCUGAGGAAUCAAUGGUUCGAGGAUCCAUUGAUGUUGGCGGUCAGGGGUGGACAUUCCUCGAUUGUUGAUGCACUUAUGGCCAAUCCCAGACUGACACACUUCAGUUUGAGGAGAUCCCUGGAUCUAGCAAAGGACUAUUGCAUCCAGAGGGCCAUUCGAAGCAGAAUUUGCGACGACAACACCACUAAAAAAUUGUUGAAACGGUCUCCGAGGAGAAUAUUUGAUCGUUUGUAA